AUGGGCAUAGUUAAAAAGCCCACAAUUCGCUCCUAUUGGAGUAAUGAUAUGCUUUACCAUACUCCACUGUACCGGUCGGUCAUGCCAAGGAAUCGGUUUGAAGCCCUCCUCAAAUUUCUACAUUAUGCUAAUAAUGAAAAUUGUCCACCUCCCAGUGAUCCAAAUUUUGAUCGCAUAUAUAAAAUUCGGCCCCUUGUUAAUUAUUUACAUCAAAAAUUUUCUGAAGUUUACACCCCAGAAAAAGAGAUUGCAGUGGACGAAUCUCUUGUGCACUUCAAAGGAAGGUUGCACUUUAGGCAAUACCUGCCUAACAAACGGGCCAGGUAUGGGGUAAAACUUUAUAAGUUGUGCGAGAGCGCAACCGGCUAUACGCACAAAUUCAGAGUCUAUGAGGGGAAAGACUCUAAAAUAGAGCCCCCAGAGUGUCCCCCCGUACUAAAAACAACGGGAAAAAUUGUAUGGGAUCUAGUUCACCCCCUGCUAGAUCAAGGGUAUAACAUCUACCUUGAUAAUUUUUACACUAGCGUCCCAUUACUACAAUGCCUGUUUGCCAAGGGGACUGUGGCCUGUGGUACCAUCAGGCGAAAUCAAAGGGAUCUGCCUAAAAUUUUUGUACGGCAAAAGUUGAAGAAGGGGGAAAGCAAGGCUGUGUGCAAGGACAACAUGAUGCUUGUGAAGUACCAGGACAAGCGUGAUGUUCUUGUACUAACCACCUUACACCCAGACAGAUCCACCCCUGUCCAAGUCCGUGGUACCACAGAGAGUGCCCCUAAACCGGUGUGUAUCCAGGACUAUAAUAAGUUCAUGGGAGGGGUGGAUCUGUCAGAUCAGGCCUUGCAGCCGUACACUGCCCUACGCAAAACUAAGACCUGGUAUAAAAAAUUGGCACUGCACCUCUUCCAAAUUACCAUGUACAAUUCAUUUGUGGUGUACAAACGUGCAGGAAAUACAUGCACAUACCUGCAAUUCCAGGAAAAUUUUAUUAAGGACUUUCUGUUUGGGGAUCCGGAAGGGGAGGAAAGCAGAGCCACAGGAUCGGAGAACAGAAUAGUUCCAGGGCAACAUUUUCCUGCGGUAGUUCCCCGUAGAGAAUCGGGGAGUAGGCAACAGAAGCGGUGUCGGGUGUGCUCCAAGCGUGGCAUUAGAAAAUGCACUAUAUACCACUGUGAGACAUGUCCCCACAAACCCGGUCUGUGCAUUGAAGACUGUUUUAAAAUCUAUCACACAACAUAUGAUAUCUAA